GGGGGAACAUUGUCUGGCUAGAGCUGCUGCUCAUGUAACAUCUUGGAGGUACAGGGCAGGAGCUAUGGAGAUGGGGGAGGCUCCUGAUCCUGAGGCAUGAUCUAAAAUUACACCCUGCUGGGGCUGGAUGGUGUGAUGGGGCUGCCAGUGGUAGGGCAGUCCUCAAGAAAUGACUCAUCUGUGCCUCCAUGUCAAGGAAACAGAGACAGCUGCCUUCAUUACUUGGAUUCUUGGAAUCAGUGACACCUUCUUUAGACUUCAGAAGAUGGCACACACUGAGGAAAUGCAAUGGCGGAACCAAACCACCAUAACCAAAUUCAUUCUUGUGGGGUUCUCAAAUCUCCCACACCUGCAAGGCCUACUGUUCUCUGUGGUUCUGUUCCUGUACUUAGUGACAGUGACUGGGAACAUCCUCAUCAUCCUCAUUAUCACAGAGGACUCUGCCCUCCACUCCCCUAUGUACUUCUUCCUCAAAAACUUAUCCUUCUUUGAGAUCUGUUUUACCUUAGUCACAGUGCCCAAGAUGCUGGUCAACCUCCUGGCUGAUGACAAAAGCAUCUCGUUUUUUGGAUGUGCGCUCCAGAUGUUCUUCUUCUUCUUCUUUUGCUGUUCAGAGUGCUUUCUCCUGGCAGCCAUGGCCUAUGACCGCUACGUGGCCAUUUGCAACCCACUGUGCUAUACCACUGUCAUGAAUCAGCAGGUCUGCUGGAGGAUGGUGGGAGGGGUUUGUAUGCUUGGAAUCCCUGUUGCCCUGCUUCAAGCAGCUUGGCUUUUUAACUUGCCUUUCUGUGGUCCCAAUGUGGUCAACCAUUUCUUUUGUGAUGGACCACCAGUUCUGAAACUGGUUUGUGCUGACACCUCUCUUUACGAGAUGCAGGCCAUGGCUUCCACACUUUUGUUCCUCAUACUCCCAUUCAUGCUAAUCCUGAUCUCCUACAUCCACAUCACCAUCACUAUUCUGAAGAUGAAGUCAGCUGAGGGCAGGCGCAAAGCCUUCUCCACUUGUUCCUCACACCUCAUUGUGGUGACAUUGUUCUACGGGAGUGGCACCCUGAUGUAUCUACGGCCCAAGUCCAAAUACUCACCGGAUGUUAAGAAGUUCCUGUCUUUGUUCUAUACAGUCAUCACACCCAUGCUGAACCCCAUCAUCUACAGCCUGAGGAAUAACGAGGUGAAGUUAGCUCUGAGGAGGAUGCUGGAGCGGAAGGUAUUCUCAUGGAAAUGGUAAAUGAGAUUUGUAAGAUGUUUUUGCAAAAUGGUGACUUC